UUUCAGAAAAAGUGAAAAGCAAUGGCAAAAUCCAAAGUGCGAUUCUCAGAAGUCGACGAACUAACUGACGAAGGAGCUUUGCAGCAUAGCCGUGCGAAGUAUGCUCGUUAUCAGGACGAUGAGAAGAGAAAUUCGGAUGAGGAGGAAAAUGAUGAAGGUACAAGGAAGGAUUACCAGUCGAAGCAUACUCUAGAUAGUGAUGAGGAAGAAGAAGUGAAAUAUAACAAAUUGGAUGUGGACAGAAUCGAUGGACAGGAAGAAGCAGAUCUGGAAUAUGAAGGCAACACGAAAAUUAUGCCUUUCAAUAUGAAGGAAGACCUGGAAGAAGGCCAUUUCGAUGCUGACGGGAAUUUCAUCUUUGAUAAAAAGGAAACUGAAAUAAAGGAUGCUUGGUUGGAUAAUAUCGACUGGGCAAACGUAAAAGCAGAUGCAGGCGAUCAGUGGAAUCAGAAAAAUGAAGAAGACAGCUCAACGACAAAAAAUCUUGGUGAUAGCGAACUUAAAAAUAUAUAUGAAAAAAUUGCUUCGAUGUUAAAAUCGAAUGAAACAAUUGAACGAGCGCUGGCAAGGUUUGGAAAAGAAAAAGGUUUAAGCGCGGCAGAAGAGCGAAGGAAGAGAUGGGCAGCAAAGAAAGCUGGUAAGGAAUACGUUAACGAAAAGAACUUUGCAGUGAAAGAGUUAACGGGUCUAACUGAUACUUUAGUAUCAAAUGGUGAAAUGGAAGCUUAUCAAUAUACGCUUGAGAAGGUUCAGUAUAUGAUUCAGGAAUUGAAAAGUAAAGCCGCCGAUAUCUUGGAUAUGUUUUCGGAUGAAACACCCACCUGCUCUGCCAGAGGAAAGAGCAAGCAAACUAGCGAAACUGCAAGGUCCACUAGUAAUGCUGUGGUAUGGGAAUAUAAAUUAUCAAAUGACGAGGAUGCGAAAAUUAUUGGUCCAGUUUCCAGUGAAGAAAUGAUGAAAUUACAAGGGGAAGGCAAAUUUGAAAAUGGUGGUUGGGCUCGUAAAAAAGGCAUGCAGACUUUUUACACCAUUGCAAGACUUGAUUUCGAAAUUUAUAUUUGA